AUGUCAAAUGGCACCACAGGGACCCUAAAAGUGGAAAGUGCAAAGGACAAGCGACCCUAUUCCUUCAACAAGUAUAACAUCAAAGUAAAGGAAGCGGGCGCCGACGCCCCCGCCACCCUGGACGCGUCCAUCUUCCGGAAGCUGCGCAGCGGCAAGGCCGAGGGGGAGGCCGAGGAGGGCCGCAGCCCCCCGGAGCCCGGCCGCCCGUGGGUCUGCCAGAAGAGCUUCGCGCACUUCGACGUGCAGAGCAUGCUGUUUGACCUCAACGAGGCAGCCGCCAACCGGGGCUCGGUGGCCCAGCGACGCAACACCACCACCGGGGCCUCGGCCGCCUCCGCCGCCUCGGCCAUGGCCAUGGCGUCGUCCUCGUCGUCGUCCCUCACGGCAGCCGCGGCCUCGGCGUCGGCGGCAUCGCGGGCCCACAGCCUGGGCGGCCUGGACCCCGCCUUCACCAGCACGGAGGACCUGAACUGCAAGGAGAACCUGGAGCAGGACCUGGGCGACGACACCAGCAACGACCUGCUGCUCAGCUGCCCGCACUUCCGCAACGAGAUCGGCGGGGAGCGCGAGCGCAACGUGAGCUUCUCUCGGGCCUCGGCCGGCUCCCCGGGCGGCAGCGGUGGCUGCGACCCGCUCCCUGCCGAGCCCGCGCUGAGCGCCCUCCGCACCAACGCCAGCAUCGCCGUGCUGGAGGUGCCCAAGGAGCAGCAGCGCACGCAGAGCCGGCCGCGGCAGUAUAGCAUCGAGCACGUGGACCUGGGCGCCCGCUACUACCAGGACUACUUCGUGGGCAAAGAACAUGCCAAUUACUUUGGUGUGGAUGAAAAGCUGGGGCCAGUGGCUGUGAGCAUCAAAAGAGAGAAACUGGAAGACCACAAGGACCAUGGACCUCAGUACCAAUACCGGAUCAUCUUCCGGACCCGUGAGCUCAUCACCCUGCGAGGCUCCAUCCUCGAGGAUGCCACACCCACAGCCACCAAGCAUGGCACUGGACGGGGCCUGCCCCUGAAGGAUGCACUAGAGUAUGUAAUCCCUGAGCUCAACAUCCACUGCCUCCGACUGGCCCUCAACACUCCCAAGGUGACAGAGCAGCUGCUGAAGCUCGAUGAGCAGGGGCUGUGCCGCAAGCACAAGGUGGGCAUCCUGUACUGCAAGGCUGGCCAGAGCUCUGAGGAGGAGAUGUACAACAACGAGGAGGCUGGUCCUGCCUUCGAGGAGUUCCUUGACCUUUUGGGCGAGAAAGUCUGCCUGAAGGGCUUCACCAAGUAUGCUGCCCAGCUGGAUGUCAAGACUGACUCCACGGGGACUCACUCCCUCUACACAACGUACCAGGAUUAUGAGAUCAUGUUCCACGUCUCCACUCUGCUCCCGUACACCCCCAACAACAGGCAGCAGUUACUGAGGAAGAGGCACAUAGGGAACGACAUUGUGACGAUCAUCUUCCAGGAGCCCGGUGCGCUGCCCUUCACCCCCAAGAACAUCCGCUCGCACUUUCAGCAUGUCUUCAUCAUCGUCCGAGCCCACAACCCCUGCACUGAGAACGUCUGCUAUAGCAUGGCGGUGACCCGAUCCAAAGAUGCUCCUCCUUUUGGCCCCCCUAUUCCCAAUGGAACCACAUUCCGCAAAUCUGAUGUCUUCAGAGACUUUUUGCUGGCCAAGGUGAUUAACGCUGAGAAUGCUGCACACAAGUCUGACAAGUUCCACACCAUGGCCACCAGGACCCGCCAGGAGUACCUCAAGGACCUGGCUGAAAACUGUGUCUCCAACACCCCCAUCGACUCCUCUGGCAAGUUCAACCUCAUCUCCCUGACCUCCAAGAAGAAGGAGAAGACAAAAGCCCGGGCAGGCGCUGAGCAACACAGUGCAGGGGCCAUCGCUUGGCGGGUAGCAGCUCAGGACUAUGCCCAGGGGGUAGAAAUCGACUGCAUUUUGGGAAUUUCCAAUGAGUUUGUGGUGCUCCUGGACCUACGCACCAAGGAAGUAGUGUUCAACUGCUACUGUGGGGAUGUCAUUGGCUGGACCCCAGACUCCUCAACACUGAAAAUCUUUUAUGGCCGAGGGGACCACAUCUUCCUACAGGCCGCAGAGGGCUCUGUGGAAGACAUAAGGGAAAUUGUCCAAAGACUAAAGGUGAUGACCAACGGCUGGGAGACAGUGGACAUGACCCUUCGGCGGAAUGGGCUGGGGCAGCUGGGCUUCCAUGUGAAGUACGACGGGACGGUGGCUGAGGUGGAGGACUAUGGGUUUGCCUGGCAGGCUGGCCUCCGGCAAGGUAGCCGACUGGUGGAGAUCUGCAAGGUGGCUGUGGUCACACUGACACAUGACCAGAUGAUUGACCUGCUGCGCACCUCUGUUACUGUAAAGGUGGUCAUCAUCCCACCUUUCGAGGAUGGUACACCUCGAAGAGGGUGGCCGGAGACCUAUGACAUGAACACCUCGGAGUCCAAGGCUGAGCCAGAAAGUACCACUCCUGGGGGCCGGCCCCCCUAUCGCAGCAAUGCACCCUGGCAGUGGAGUGGGCCUGCAUCCCACAACUCCCUGCCAGCCUCCAAGUGGGCCACCCCAGCCACUCCUGGUCAUGCCCAGUCCCUGAGUCGGCUCCCGAAGCAAACUUCCAUGGUCCCCUUCCGGGAGUCGCAGCCACUGCACAACAAAAGGCCCGUCAGCUUCCCAGAAACUCCAUACACAGCAUCACCAGCAGGGGCCGACAGAGUCCCUCCCUACAGACAACCUUCUGGGAGCUUCUCCACCCCCGGCUCAGCCACCUACGCCAGAUACAAGCCAUCCCCAGAAAGCUACUGCAUUGAGCCUUUGUGGCAUGUGCCAGCCCAGGCCCGACUGUCAGCCAUGGCGGGAAGCAGUGGGAGCAAGCACACCUCCAGGCAGGAUGUGGCAGGCAAAGAUUCCCCCAACAGGCAUUCCAAAGGCGAACCUCAGUACUCCAGCCAUUCCAGCAGCAAUACCCUGUCCAGCAAUGCGUCCAGCAGCCACAGCGACGACCGCUGGUUUGACCCUCUGGACCCCUUGGAGCCCGAGCAAGACCCCCUCUCCAAGGGCGGCUCCAGUGACAGCGGCAUUGACACCACGCUCUAUACCUCCAGCCCCAGCUGCAUGUCCCUGGCCAAAGUGCCACGGCCCACCAAGCCACACAAGCCCCCUGGAAGUAUUGGUCUGUGUGGUGGCCGAGAGUCCGCUGCAAGGCCCCACCACGCAGACAGGCGGCGGGAGGUCUCCCCGACCCCCGCAGUUGCUGGCCAGGGCAAGGGCUACCGGCCGAAACUGUACUCCUCAGGCGCCAGCACCCCCACAGGCCUGGCCGGGGGCAGCCGAGACCCACCAAGGCAACCCAGUGACAUGGGCUCCAGGGCUGGCUACCCUGCUCAGGUUUACAAAACAGCCAGUGCAGAGACACCUCGGGCCUCUCAGCUGGCUCAGUCCAGCCCCUUCCAGCUCUCCACCUCGGUCCCCAAGUCCUUCUUCUCCAAGCAGCCUGUGCGUAAUAAGCAUUCAACAGGGUGGAAGAGAACGGAUGAGCCCCCACCACGGCCACUCCCUUUUACUGACCCCAAAAAGCAGGUAGACACCAACACAAAAAACGUCUUCGGGCAGCCACGGUUGAGAGCAUCCCUGCGAGACCUGCGAUCCCCGCGAAAGAACUACAAGUCCACCAUCGAGGACGACCUAAAGAAACUCAUCAUCAUGGACAACCUGGGGCCAGAGCAAGAGCGGGAUGCAGGGCAGUCCCCCCAGAAGGGCCUACAGCGGACCCUGUCAGAUGAGAGUCUAUGCAGCGGGCGUCGGGAACCCAGUUUUGCCAGCCCUUCCAGCCUGGAGCCAGGCCUGCCCAGUGACGUGCUCUUCACCAGCACCUGCUCCUUCCCCUCCAGCACGCUGCCUGCCCGCCGCCAGCACCAGCACCCCCACCCGCCUGGCGGAGGAGGCCCCAGCACCAUCCCAGAGAAGAAAUCUGCCAUCUCUGCCUCGGAGCUCUCACUAGCUGAUGGGCGGGAGCGGCCGCUGCGGCGCCUUGACCCCGGAAUGAUGCCACUGCCCGACACAGCUGCUGGCCUUGAAUGGUCCAGCCUGGUAAAUGCAGCAAAGGCCUAUGAAGUGCAAAGAGCUGUCUCGCUUUUUUCUCUAAAUGACCCAGCCCUGAGCCCGGACAUCCCACCUGCACACAGUCCUGUCCACAGCCACUUGAGCCUGGAGCGGGGACCCUCAACCCCUAGGACCACCCCUACCAUGAGUGAGGAGCCACCCUUGGAUCUGACUGGCAAGGUGUACCAGCUGGAAGUGAUGCUGAAGCAACUGCACACAGACCUCCAGAAGGAGAAGCAGGACAAGGUGGUACUGCAGUCAGAGGUGGCCAGCCUUCGGCAGAACAACCAGCGGCUGCAGGAGGAGUCGCAGGCCGCCAGCGAGCAGCUUCGCAAGUUUGCUGAGCUCUUCAGUAGGGAAAAGGAACUCUGAGACAGCCGGGGAGGUCCUGCACCACGAACACCCUCAUCCAGCCAUGAUGCCUCCCCUGCAGGCUGGGCCCAGGCUCCUGACUCCUCUCUCCCUCUCUGGGCUCCUGGUUGCAAGUGGAGGGGUCACCCAGCCAGAGAGCCCUGGCACCUGCCAGCCCAUAGCCCUCUGCAGGGACUUGGGAACCAGGGCUGGUAGAAACCAGCUCUGCUCCUGUCUCAGGGCCCUCUGAGCUGCCCCCCAUCUCCCCCACCCCGUGGGCCUGUGGGCCAUCAGUCCUCUUCCUUGUCCUUGGACCCAGCUGCUGGAGCUCUUGGACGGCGGGAGGGACAAGGGAUGCUCCCUGCAUGAGAAACACAGUGGGACACCAAAUGAGCCCCCUUCAUUCCCCACACCCCAGAGGUCACAGCCCAGGGCUCCUUCGUCCCCAGUGUGCUAGCUCCCAACAGCAUGGACACCAUCAUCUUCCCCCGACCCUUUCACAAAGCAGCCAGGAGCACUUUUCAUAGAGUUUAAAUUAUUUUCCUGGGGCCCCCAGAUAAAGAGAGGAGACCCCAGUAUCCAGAGUCCACCAAGAGAAAAACUCUGGUUUGUACAAUCAAGACUGUUUGUACUAUCUUUUCCUUAUCAGCUCCUCCCAGCAGAGGCCACAGUGCCUGGGCCUGGGCUGCAGGCCUUUUCUCUCCUACCCAUACCCAGCCCUGACCAGCUCAGGGCUCAGAAGGCACCCAUGGAGCCUUGGGCCAGGCUGAGGAAAAGCAGCCUUGUCUCCUGUCUGCUCUCAUUUUCCUUUGCAAGGCUCCAGGGCCAGUCUUGCAGCCCCCGCAGCGGGCACCACCCAGACACAUUCACUGUGCUCCCCGGGGAGCACUCCCAGUGCAACCCCCAGAGAUGCUAGUUUUCAAAAGGCAAUAAGGGGCAGCUCCGUGUGGUACUACGCUGUUCACCAAGAAACAUGAGCUUCUUUUUUUUUUUUUCCUUCUUUAAAAAAAAAAAACAAAAAACAAAAAAAUAUAUUAUAUAUAUAUUUAUUUUUUCAUGUAGAGUUGUGCCAGAACGAGUCUGGAUGGCCACGGUCUGUGGACUCCCCCCCCCCAACCUCAAGCUGAGAAUUGAAGCAUGUACCACUACCGCCACCCCCCUGGAGGUGGGGAGCAGUGGGAGGUGGAGGAGUUGGCAGCCCAGAGCCAAUGCCAGGCAACCAGGCCCACCUCUGAAAACCAGGCCUUCUCUUUGAGGAAGAGCCUCUUGACAGACUUGCACCCCUAGACAGAGAAGCAGGACAGGGCCGGAAUAAAGGGUACCCAUGGCUGGCCAGAGGGGUGGCAUCUAGAGCAAAACCUCAGUUCCAACAUUGCCAGUGGUGGUAGGAGACCAGGCAGCUGCCCAGCCAUCCUCAGCCAUGGCCAACUACUGUGACGUCUCCUCCCCUCUCCCCUACAACCCUCCCUUACUCUGCCUCCACCCCUUUCCUCAGACAAACCUGGAGCCUUUUGCUUUCUCUUUUUUUUUUUUUUUUUUAGAUGUCUCCUCAUCUUCAGAUCAUUCUAAUCAUUUUGGGGACGUAAUCAUGUACAUUGACAAGUGUAAAUUAUGAUUUUUUUUGCUUACAUUUUCUGUUUUUUUAAAUUUCUGCAAAACCAGUUAUUUAAUUUGAGGUUGGUGUUAUAUCCAUUGGCUGAAGAUAGGCUUUUUUUUUUCCAUGUUGAUUUGUUUCAUUUGGAUUUUUUUUUAAUUCAUUGUCUUUUUUUUUUUCUUCUUUCCAUCUCUGUCUUGAGAUUUUUCUGGCAUGUUUCUGGAGGUUUCAAAGGAAAAUAAAUGUUUCA